GAGGCUAGUCAGGCGGUCCCUGCCUUCUGCUAGCUAAACGGAGCCAAGCGGCCACCUCAGUGAUCCAAGUGCCAAGGUGUAGUGAUGGGUUCUCUCAAAAUGUUCGCCCUCGGGCUUCUGAUCCUCGUAGAAAUAUCAGCGAUAAUCUGCAGCGACGUCGCACCCGUAUUACUCUGCGGUGGAGCUGCAACUGACCAUUCGAAGUCCUCAAAUCCGCUCUUGAAAACGUCGCAGUCCGAGUUUGCCGAGAUCCUAGCAAACAAAGUGGGCGGGUCCCAUGAUCCCAUGGUAAUUUUUGAAAUGGAGAACCUCUGCGUCGAGGAUCUAACUCAGAACAAGCAGCACCUGAGCGGAUUAGGACCAUGCGAUUACGUGCCAUCCGUCGAGGCUCCGCUUUCCAUCCUGGAAGACCUCGAGGAGUACAAUAUAUCCAGAGAGAAGCCAGAGGCCAUAGAAGACGGUCAGGCAUUCAUCGUGUCGAUUUCAGAGAUAUCGGCAGUCCCUGAGUUGUACAGAAACCUUCUCGCCGUGAAUCCAAAUCUGAUCGCCGUUGUGACUGGUGCUUCGUGUAGCUACAGUCGAUCGGAAAGAACUCGCCGAGCCGUUGCAGCGAAGGACGAUACUGACGUGAUCUUAUUUUACGUUGAUAGAAUACUCUUUUAUGCUAAAAGCGGGAUUUCCGUCAAGUCCGGAAGUAGCAAUUAUACGUUAACUGGAAACCCAAGUAAUUAUUCGACCGUCGCAAAUGGAACAACUGGAAUUCGUCUCAAUAUGGCUUACGAAGAAGUGACGCUGAGCAUACAAUUCACCAAAAAACGAGCUGGAUAUUGGUACUUCGAUUAUGUCAUAUUCCAGAACGAUACGGCGACUGAAACGUUGAGCAGUGAUUCAGAGAUAUAUUUUCCGACUGGUUUCUCUUAUCAUUGUUCUGUAGAAUCUGUCUUUUACUACAACACGACGUAUGUCAAUAUUACUAAUAUGCAGGUUCAAAUUGACCCGACUUUAAGUAAUAACAAUACCGAAGUUGUGUUCAGCGAUGGAUACGACUGCGUCGGCUUUACCACGAUUCCAAUUUGGAGUGGAAUUUUUGUCACUGCAAUUAUGGCUUUAAUUAUGAUCUGGGGAUUGACUAUGAUAUUAGACAUUCGUACGAUGGAUCGCUUCGACGAUCCAAAGGGAAAAACUAUCACGGUCGGAGCGGCCGAGUAAGAACAUUUGCUUGAGUAUUUUCUAAAAUGUAAAUAAAGAUACUUGUUUGUGAUUAAGUCGAAUCAAGAACCAGAAAAUCAAUAAACAAAGAGCGUUUUCCUCAUGUAAAGAAGGUGAUUUCUUGAUAGUCAAGUUGACGUCAAACACUGACGUAGAAUAUGCGUGCGAAAGGUGUUAAGAGUAUGUCGAAUAUUGUACAUUUUUAGUCCAAUGGCAAUAUCUUGAGUUUUAUUUUUAAAUUUCGGUUUAGCUAGAACUUUUUUCUACGUCCGACGACCUUUUACUGCACAAAAAAUGCUUCAAUAUUGUUGAAUAUAUUCAAAAGUAUAUAAUUCGAUAAUUUAAUAGACUGCGAUAGAAUUUUUUUGAUAAUAAACUUUUCUUCCUACCAAUAUUGACGCAAAUUAACUCAAAACCAGAUAUUCUUGGACGAAAGAAAUGAUACUUACAGGAUUGAUUGUCUUCGACUACUUUCUACUCAACGCCAGGGUUGAAAAUCUAAAAAUAAAACCUAAAGAUUGCGCCAUUCGGAUGUAUAGUUUAGUAGUAAUCUUCAGUUCCGUAAAGAUAAAUUCGCAUAAAUAAUGUACAUGAAUUGAUCCUACAUAUAAAGUAAUUUAGAAAUGUAACGCAUCGAUGCUAGAGUUUUUUGGUACAACGGUGCCAAAGUGUCAGCAUAGCCUAGUACCAACUCCAUAAUUUCCCUCAUCCUUGUGCGAAAUUUGUUGAAUAAAAUAGUAAGUUAAUUGUGGUGGCGGUUCUUAGAUGAAAUGGAGAACUUUGUUCCGCCAGAUAAUAAGAGAUAAUACAUAAUGGUAAAUAAGUUAUUUCAUUUCGCUGUCUUGUUCGAUAUCAGAACUCGACAUGUUUAUAGCUUUCAACCAACAGUUCAGGGCAUAAAUAUGUAAAAAGAUGCGACGCUGUGACUGUUAAGUCAUUAGUCAAAUCCAAGUGUCCCAAAAAUAUGUAUAAAGUCGUUUUCUUGAUUACUUAUCUAAUAGAAUUUAUUUGGCAACUGCCAUAUUAUAGUCAUAUUAUAUAUACUGGUAUCAACAUUCAUUCCAUCGUCACACCUAGAAUUAUAUUUUACGCUAUUAAGUGUGAAAAUAAAUUUCCCCUAUAUUGUAUACGCAUACUGUCGAUUGUCCGAUAUCAAUGAAUAAAUUAACGGUGUAGACCUUUAA